AUGCAAAAAAAAAAGUAUGUUCACCCGGAGAAACAGCUCUUAGAGGAAUCUCACCAGGCAGCAAAAGGUAGGCCCUGGAGCACCGUCGCUCCGCUGCCAAUGCAGCUGGAGAAUGGCAGUGAGCGUUGGGCUCGGAUCGCCAAUGAUCCUACGCAUCCAUGGCUUAGGAGUAGCCGUGCAAACAAGGGGCCCCUUCCUGAGUGGGAACGCCAGCGGACGAACAACCUGACAGCCAGGAGGUCAGGGCUCUGGGUGUGGCAGGUCAAGGGUUUGGGUGUGGCAGGUCAAGGGCUUUGGGUGUGGCAGGUCGAUGGUUUGGGUGUGGCAGGUCGAUGGUUUGGGUGUGGCAGGUCAAAGGUUUUGGCGUGGCAGGUCAAGGGUUUGGGUGUGGCAGGUCGAUGGUUUGGGUGUGGCAGGUCAAGGGUUUGGGUGUGGCAGGUCAAAGGUUUGGGCGUGGCAGGUCAGGGGUUUGGGUGUGGCAGGUCAAGGGUUUGGGACGAAAGUCAUGCGAUCGCAGCCUUCAAGCAACAACUGGGUAUCCAUUUGUCAGAGGAGCAGGAGUUCGGUUGGAUCGCCGAGGUAGGGAUCCAGUCGCCGCUGCCGCCCCGCUGGACGGCGCACUCCGACAACUCCUCAGGCUUCGUAUACUAUGUGGAUCACGACCGGCAAGUGAGCAGCUGGGAGAAUCCCUUAGUGCCCUUCUUGCGGCGGAUCGUUGAGCUGGGUCGCAACUACUUGAAGUGUUAUAGCGCUGGGUAUUUCGAAGAGCAGAAAGGUACCUUGUGGCACCAGCACAAGCAAGAGCUGGAUAAGUGGCAUGGGCCCUUCAUGGACGAUGCUGGGCGACAGUAUUUCGUCAAUUCCGAGGAUGGCAUUUCCUCCUGGCAAGAUCCACGGAUCGACGCGCAGUACAUCUUCGAAUUGGAGAGCGGACUGCUGACGUCGCUGGAAGAGAUCUUACCCCCGGCCAAACCGGAUACCCCACACUUCGAUCCCAACAGCAACGUUUCAAAUGAGAUCGGGGGGCGGCAAUGGAAGACUUCGGAUGGGGCAGAAGUCAUCACUUUGGAUCAUGCUGAUGCCAAUCAGAUCAUGAACACAGCAGCAAAAAGAAACUACCGCGAGCGGAAGUCAAAGACGUUGACCUCCACGGCACAGAAGAAUGCCAAAGCGGAGUACAAAUCCACCAUGGAGCGCAUGAGCAGCGUCGCGGAGCGUCUCAGAUCCCUACAGCUGGACGAGGAGGAAUCGCAGCGGCUGCAGCUCAUGCGCCUCAGCAAGGAGAGACGGAAACGUCGCUCAGGUGCGACUCCUGCAACGGCGCCUGCGCUGAUUCGCAUCCCCUCGGGCGCCGGUUCCAGUCAGGAGGAGCUGCGGAAGAAACCUCCGGAGCUGGAUGAUGCCACCCCGCAGCCGCCGCUGAAGCGCCAGGACACGGUGCCACCGCCGCCUCCGCCUGUCGAAGUCAUGCAGGAGGCUCUAGCGCCUCAGACGGUUCCCGUGUCCUCUGCGUCCGUCCUGGAUUCUUUUGCGCCGCCGGUUUUUUGGGCCCAGAGACCGGUUGUCGAUAUGGCUCAUCCUCCAUCUCCGACCUCAGGAAAGAGACCGGCGUUACAUGGGUCGUUAGAAAAGGCCUUGAGUCUCAAGUCGGAUGAGGGAUUUCAAGGCUCCACCUUCGCAGCCUUCGAGCUGAGAGCGAAGCCGGACACCAGGAUUGGAGCCUCCGGCUGACCGGCGGCUUGUAGGAAGCGGAAGGUGUAGCUGCGGAACGUGCGUGACUUCCCCCCCAGGGAUGAUGAUGAUGUGUCUCGGGGC